CUCCAAGCACCUUGAAGCCCUUCCUCAGGGCAAGGAUGGCGGGGACCAUUUUUGUGUGCUGUUGGGGAUUUUGAAGGCUGCCCACCACCACAAAAGGCCCUGAGAAACCUCUCACAGCUGGGGUGGUUGGGUUACCUUGGCUGGGAAGUGGGGAAGCCUGUGGUUUUCCUCAGGGCUUCAUACCUAGCUGGCUUAUCUCCUGCUCGAGUAAGAAAACAAAAUACUGCUGCCAGCAAUGAUGCUGCUGAGGAUCUUGGCAACAUGCUGGGGAAGGUGGCAUUCAGUCUGUUCUCAACAGCUGUGUGGGAGCCCUGUGGUAGAGGUGGUAGCUCUAGGCUAUGGUACAUGAGGUGCUGCUGUCUGCAUCCACCCUAAGGGUCCUUAGAUCUCAUGGGUGCUCCUGGUGGCCUGAGAUCUCCCCAGGACUAGCAGAAAGGGUGGGAAGGAGUGUUAACCCCAAACCUUACUUUAUGGGACCUCUGCAAAUGGAGCUGCCACAUUUCAUGGGGUGAAAGCACUCUGCAGAGGACCUGCCCUGCCGCCCUUCUGGCUGAAAGCCAACGUGGUUGUAUUGGUCUCUUCCCUCCUUAAAAUAUGAUUUUUUUUUUUGUUUUCUCCAUGCAAAAUUGCAGGCCUGCUUGCUCCCUAUUGGAAGCUUGCCUUGCCCUCAGGUUGGUCAUGGCCUCCACCGUCGCCCCAGUGACUGCUUGUUGGGUCUCUGCUGUUCCAAGGCACCCUCUGGGAAUUCAGCAAAGCCUCUUCUGGUGCCAGUGGUUUGAACACGGGCAUCCCAUACCAGUACAGGCCCAUUGCCCUCUGGCCAGGAUAAACAUCUAUACGGGCCCCUGGAGAGACACUCCCAGUCAGGAAAAAUUUGAAAUCUUCAACCUGGAUAUGAAGACUGGGGAUACCCUGAAGGUCAAGGGCAAGAUAUCUGAUGAUGCUGACAGCUUCAGCAUCAAUCUCGGCUGCAGCUCCUCGGAUCUGGCACUUCACUUCAAUCCCCGCUUCAGUGAGUCUGUCAUUGUCUGCAACUCCAGGUGCUCCAAGGCCUGGCAGACAGAGCAUCGUGAUAACCACCUCUGUUUCUCCAAGGGCUCCACUAUCAAGGUCAUCAUUGAAAUGCUGGCAGACAAAUUCCAAGUGAAACUACCGGAUGGGCAUGAAGUGGAGUUCCCCAACCGACACUGCUACAACAAGAUCAGCUACAUGAGCGUCAAGGGAGGCUUCAGGGUCACCUCCUUCAAGCUGGACUGAUGGGCACUGCUUCCUAGCUUGAAUAAAAACCCAAGCAGUGGGAGACUGCUUGCUCCAGCUGCUAUGGCUUCUUGUGAGAUCUUUGCCUCUGUGGCUCUGUGAGAGACAGCAACAAAGCUCAGGGGUUUUUUCUCACCAACAGGAAAGCAGCCCCUGUUGGAUGGAAGUAGCUCCCAGAUAACAGCAGGUGUUUCUCCAGGUCAGACCAGGAUGAAUGGAUAUUAGGUAGGUCAAAGCAGGCUCUAGGUAGGGUUCGGGAGGACGCUAUGUGAUUGCUCCAGGAAUGGUUGUAUAAUCUCAUCACAAUGCACCGUUUCUUCUUGCACCAGAGUUUUUUGGAAUGAUGGGAGGGAUGAAGGGGAAAGGGAAGAAAAGUGUGGCGGUGAGCAGUGUGGCAUUUGAUGUGGCAUUCUGUGCCCCAAAAACACAUAAUUAA